AUGUUUGCAUGCCUUAAGUGUGUUUUGGCUUUUCCCAUCUUCCAGGCACCCAAGAAAGCCAAGAGGAGGCAGCAGCAGGGUGAGGGUGGAUCCUCCAAUGUGUUCUCCAUGUUUGAGCAGAGCCAGAUCCAGGAGUACAAGGAGGCUUUCACAAUCAUCGACCAGAACAGAGAUGGCAUCAUCAGCAAGGACGACCUCAGGGACGUGCUGGCCACCAUGGGCCAACUGAAUGUGAAGAAUGAGGAGCUGGAGGCCAUGGUGAAGGAGGCCAGCGGCCCCAUCAACUUCACCGUCUUCCUGACCAUGUUCGGCGAGAAGCUGAAGGGCGCUGAUCCCGAAGAUGUCAUCGUGAGCGCUUUCAAGGUCCUGGACCCCGAGGCCACUGGCGCGAUCAAGAAGGAAUUCCUUGAGGAGCUCCUGACCACCCAGUGCGACAGGUUCAGUGCUGAGGAGAUGACCAACCUGUGGGCUGCAUUCCCCCCCGAUGUGGCUGGCAAUGUGGACUACAAGAACAUCUGCUACGUCAUCACACACGGAGAGGAAAAAGAGGAGUAA